GAGUGGGACCCGGAUGCUGAUGCGAGUGAGACGAAGGAAGGAAGAGGAGAGAGAAAAAUAUCGAUUUACGGCAAGAAAACCGAAGGGGAGUAUAAUACAAGGGGGGGCCUUUACCCUGCGUGAACUAUAAUCAGAAGUGAGGAGGGGAAUAAGGUAGUCGAUAAUAGUGCGGGUUAUUCUGCGGGCGUCUGUUUUGUGUGUGUUUUCUUUUACCUGAGUCUCCGCCGGUGAGGGACGAGGAGGAGGAGGAGGAGGAGGAGGAGGACACGCCAAAGGAGAGAGAGAGAGGAGAAGAUGCUGUGAUCCGCUACUUGCAAAGCAGGGAUGUAGAGAGGGGGACGACGGGGAGAGGCAGGGCGGGGGAGCACGAACGCUUAAGGAUGGUUUUUUCGGCAGGAAAUAUUGCGAGAAUGCGGCGGCCGUGUGAUCAAUCUUACCGUUUGGCGAUGCCCGGAAACUCCAGGAGGUGUUGGUCUUUUUGACAGUCGGCCGCUGGUCCAAGGCGUUUAAAGCUAAAAGCUAGCCUCGCUGCUGUGUGGGAGAGCGGCGGCGAGGCUAAAAUAGCAUGUUGUUGCACCUGUAAAAAAACAGGCCUGACAGACAGAAAUAAACACAUUUUAUUUUCAUUUGCUAACAUCCACUUGGAGUAUUAGACGUGUUGGCUGGCAUACUCCUCCGAUAAUUGACUAAUAUUUCUCAGCAGACAGUGAAUUCAAGGCUCAUUUAUAAAAAAAGAAAAAACGUCAACGAGUUGUCGAUGAGCGUCAAACAGUGAACGUCGUGCAAGUUUGAGUCAUCUAAUGUACAGAAGUGAGGUUCAUUCACCUUGCCAUGUUUAUCUUUAAAGUAGUUGUCAGUAUUUAACACAUUUAAAAAAAAAAGAGUAAUGAAUUAAGUUUUUCUGCUUUAAUCUACCAAUAGCAAGCUGUUUUGUUGAUUAUAAACGUCAUGUAUGUUUAACGUGCUUCAGAAAUACAAUAUUUAGCCAUGUUUAUCACCUAGGUUUUAGAUGAAUAAUGUCCAUUCGACAUCCAGAUGUUUUAAAUCAACAUCAGUUUGAUGCUCCCACGACUCCAGAGUAGCAGUGUUGUCACUGAAAUCAGAAGUUGUUGUGAUCCAAGUCCAGCAGCAGCAUCCCUGUAAACCACGGUGACUUUGGUAUAAGCUGAAAAAUAUCAAAGUAAUUGCAAUAAAAAAAACAAAACUAAAAAAAAACAGUGCAGUAGUAGUAGUUGUACUGUAUUAGCCUGCAGUGAGAGCAGUAUGAGUAAGGAACUGUCUCUAGGUCAGUCAGCUCAAUAUGUUGGGCCCUACCGACUGGAGAAAACACUGGGGAAGGGUCAGACGGGACUGGUCAAGCUCGGGGUCCAUUGCAUUACGGGUCAGAAGGUAGCGAUUAAAAUAGUCAACCGAGAGAAGCUGUCUGAGUCCGUCUUGAUGAAGGUUGAGCGGGAGAUUGCCAUUCUCAAACUGAUUGAGCAUCCACAUGUGCUGAAGCUGCAUGAUGUGUACGAGAAUAACAAAUAUCUGUACCUGGUUUUGGAGCAUGUGUCAGGAGGAGAGUUGUUUGACUACCUGGUGAAGAAGGGCCGACUGACUCCAAAAGAGGCCAGGAAGUUCUUCAGGCAGAUCAUCUCUGCUUUGGAUUUCUGCCACAGUCAUUCCAUAUGUCACAGAGACCUGAAGCCCGAGAACUUGCUCCUGGAUGAAAAAAACAACAUCCGUAUCGCUGACUUUGGCAUGGCCUCCUUACAGGUGGGAGACAGCCUGUUAGAGACCAGCUGUGGAUCACCACAUUACGCUUGUCCUGAAGUCAUACGGGGGGAGAAAUAUGACGGGCGAAGAGCAGAUGUGUGGAGCUGUGGGGUCAUCCUCUUUGCCCUGCUGGUGGGCGCCCUGCCUUUUGACCAUGACAACUUACGCCAGCUCCUGGAGAAGGUGAAGAGCGGCGUGUUCCACAUGCCCCACUUCAUCCCCCCGGACUGCCAGUCCCUGCUCAAGGGCAUGAUUGAGGUCAACCCUGAAAAGAGGCUCUCGCUGGAGGCCAUCCAGAAACAUGUCUGGUAUCAGGGUGGUCGUAAUGAGCCGUGUCCAGAGCAGCCUCCUCCCCGGCGAGUGUGUGUGAGGCGAAUCUUGUCCCUGACUGAGCUGGACCCAGAUGUGUUGGACAGCAUGCACUCGCUCGGAUGUUUCCGAGACCGAGUCAAGCUCACACGUGACCUGCAGUGUGAAGAAGAAAACCAGGAGAAGAUGAUCUAUUACCUACUGCUGGACAGGAAAGAGCGCUACCCAAGCUAUGAGGACGAGGACUUGCCUCCGCGUAAUGACGUAGCAGACCCUCCUCGAAAGCGUGUCGACUCUCCUAUGCUGACGCGUCAUGGCCGCUGUCGCCCCGAGAGGAAAAGUCUGGAGGUGCUGAGUGUUACUGAACAGGGGUCUCCUACCCCGCCUCGCAGGGCCCUGGACACAGCUGCACACAGCCAGAGGUCUCGCUCAGUCAGCGGAGCAUCAACCGGUCUCUCCUCCAGUCCUCUCAGCAGUCCCAGGUCCUAUCAGAGCCCCGUCUUCACUUUCAGCCAAUCAGAUGUCACCUCUGCCACCGCUACCCCCCUCACAAAGGAGCCCAAACAAGGAAGCAUCACCACUCCUCGCUCAGUUCGGGCUCACGACAAGCCUAAAGCCCCCCCCAAUCCAAAGACCCAGACCCUGCCCACCAAGGGACCUGCGGAGCGCCCCCACCUGCAGCCCAUCAAAUCCUUGCCUCUGCACAACCCAUCCUCCCGCUCACCCUCCCCUUCUCCGCUUCUGUCACCCAUCCCCCGUUUUUUCUUCCCCUCGUCCUCUGUCCUAAAGUCAGUGACUAAGAGCUUCUACCCAAACUCUGCCCACUCUGUGCCGCAGGUCACCCCCCAGGGCUCUCCGUUGCCCACACCUUUGGGCACCCCUGUCCACCACCCUCACCACCCCUCCUCCACCCCGCCCUCCUCCUCCUCGUCCUCGUCCUCCUCACGGGCGGAGGGAGGGGGUGGGGUAGGCUCGCUGUCGCUGACCCCGCCCUCCAGCCCAGGGGGGGGAAGCGGCAUGGCCGCCAGCAGCUCCGCCCACUGGAGGACACGCCUCAAUUCUUUCAAAAACAACCUGAUGGGCUCGCCGCGUUUUCAUCGACGCAAACUACAAGUUCCUACAUCAGAAGACAUGUCCAGUCUAACACCAGAAUCAAGCCCAGAGCUGGCUAAGAAGUCGUGGUUUGGGAACUUCAUUGGCUUGGAGAAAGAGGAGCAGAUCUUUGUGGUGAUUAGAGACAAACCUCUGAGUUCUGUAAAAGCGGACAUUGUCCACGCCUUCCUGUCUAUCCCGUCGCUCAGUCACAGCGUUCUCUCCCAGACCAGCUUUCGAGCCGAGUACAAGUCCUCCGCCGGUCCCUCCGUCUUCCAGAAGCCCGUCAAGUUCCAGGUGGACAUUGCUUUUUCCGAAGGCGAGAGGGAGCGGGACAGGGAGAGGAGCGAGAGGGAGGGCAGGAGAGAGACAGGGAUCUACAGUGUGACGUUCACUCUCAUAUCAGGCCCGAGUCGCAGGUUCAGACGAGUGGUGGAAACGAUUCAAGCUCAGCUUCUCAGCUCUCAUGAUCAACCCAUGGUGCAAGCCUUAUCUGAUCCCUUCCCAGAUGAGAAGAACGGCCGACCCCACGGGACCCCCACCCGCCAAAACUCCAGGCGUUCCGAGGGUGGGGGUGACAGGUGCGAGUGGGGCGAUCGGGUCGAUGGCGGAGGUAUCGGAGGCAGCGGGGGAGUUCUGCAGCGCAGAGGCUCAGCGAAAGAGAGAACCCGACUGCUGUCCUCCAAUGGAACCCAGUCCCAACCGUAGGAUAGAAAGUGAGACUACGCAGAAGGAUGCCUGAACUACACUGGACAGAAAACAGUGUAACUCCAUCUCCCAAGUAUCCCUGCAAGCCAUGAGCUACUCCUUUUCUUCCUAGACUAAGUUAUGAAGGUGCUUGACCAUAGCAAGGAUUGAGCCUAUUCCCCCCCGUCAUGCUUUGUGUCCCGACUCAACAUACUUUUGAUCUGUUGGAUCACCAGGAUUCCUGCCCUUACAUGAGAAGGAAGUGUUUAGGAAUCACCCUUUAAUGAAAAUAAUAAUAUUUGAAUGAGCAGUUUGGUAUCCUUCAUAGAUACAGCUUCACAGAUCAAACAAACUAGGAAUUUUGAAGUGCUAAUGUGCAUGCCAGUUAGCAAAUCAGCCUGCUAAAGGAUGCUGAAAUGAUCAGAUAGGCUAGUCUACCAUAUCAUGAUAAUACAGUAUCCGACACCAAAAAGAGUCUCUUACAAUUAACCAGUGCGCUCAUAUCAUUAUCAAGCAACAUGCAAAUACGAGUCCAUACUGAAAGAAUUAUAGAUGUACCCUAAGAGUUAGCAGCCUGCUCCCAUCUCAGUGAUGAGCUGAACAAAAAGGUCCUGAUUCCCUCAGGAGAUACGGCAUCCUGGAACUCCUGCAGUGUCUUCUCCAGAGGUAAAGAAAACCAAUAAAGUAAGCUAAGUAAGUGAAUGUGAAAAAGAAUAUUUUUUUAUUUAGUUUUAUUUAUGUUUACAUGUUUCUUUGGAGGAUGUCAGUAGCACAGAGAUAGCAGUAAAGAUAGACUGAAAACACUCUGCAGUGUUGAAGAGGGGGAAGCUGACUAGUCGCUCUUUUGAUUCUCUUUGUACUUUAAUUUUACUCAGAGACAAUACCGAGCAAUGCACCUGAGAUUUUUGCAUUGGACCCCAUGUUGCUCUGAAGAGAAGUAUUUUUGAUUUGAACAGAAAUAUGAACAUAACUAUAUGAAAAAGAAAAAAAAGAAAAAAAAAACACUACGCGUGAAUUGUUCCAUGAACCUCAUCACAGCUGUUUGUGCCCCGAUUGAAUGAGCAAAGCGAUCAAACACAAGCCACCUUUCUCAUUGAGCUUGUCUCUUAUUGCCAUAGUAUUCACAUACUGACUCAGAACAAAAAAAAAAGAAAAGAAAAAGAAACAAGAAAAGGAUAUUCUUAAAUGGACUACUCCUAACGCCGAACUUUCAAGGUUUGCCAUGUCAAUUCCCUUGUUUAACAGGACUUCAAAAAUGGAAAAGCAAAAGCGGAAGAGUCUCCUAACCCCCCCCCCCGCGCCCUUCACUGCAGUAUUCACCAACGAGCCAAGUAGUCCAUCGCUGCACCCUCGUUCACCACAGAGAGUCACACCAUUCUGCAAACGGACGUAGCAGCUCGGGACGGUCACGUUAUCCUCCAGCACUCUGUCAGACUAGUCGAUGUUCAUCACCAGUCUUCCAUACAGCACAAUAUGCAACAAAAGUGCAGAAUGUUUUCAGUGAGAUUUAUGCUACUGUUCUGUUCAUUUUGACCUUUUUAUGUUGCCACUUAUCUGUCCUAUUUAUUUGCAUUGUUUAUAUAAAGACAUGUCACAUUUAUUUAUUUAAAUUUUAUGAAAUUGUAUUUAUUAAUAUUUAUUUAUGUAUGUAUUGGUCACUUCAGUGUGUCAUGUACAUGUUUAUUUUUUACAUUUGAUGUCAACAAUACAUCCAGAGCUAAUUUAAGAAAAUCAGUUCUCUUUAAUUUCUCAUUAGCCCUCUUUCUGUUAACCCUUCGUUCCACGCUCAACUCUGAUAGCAGUACUGACUAGUUGCUCUCAUCUUCCUUCUUCAGUGAUCUUUGUUUAUAUCUCACAUCUGUCUUGUGACGUUUAUCUCUGGUAACUGGAGUGUGUGUGUGUGUGUGUGUGUGUGUGUGUGUGUGUGUGUGUGUGUGACGACAGCUAAAUGUGAGUGAGCUGACAACUUUGCAGCAGCUGCACUUUGAGCUGAUUACAUCCAGAGAUUUUGACUGAACCCAGGAAUAUCAAACACGUCAAACGCAAUUAUAACAUAUUCAAACCCUAACAGGCACAUGAUUUCUCUCUCACACGAUGAAUGCUUGCUGAUUUCGCUCCAUCUCUUGCUUUAAUGCCUUGUCCCUUUGACCCGUCCUGUCUGCCUCUUCACCUGUCGCGUUGCCAUCCUCACCAGAGAAACUGUACAAAGUCGUUUGCCUCACUGUCCGUACACACGUUAUGAUUGCUCACCAUCACCACUUUCAUCUUUCUCAUCACCACAUCACUUUCAUUGACCCAACUCUGGCUAAGAUUGUAAACUAUUCUCCAUUCAUAAGGGUCAGUAGAGUAAGGUGUUUAAAAAAAAAAAGAAAUGUCUGUAUCAUAAUUUAAAUAUAAAAAGUGCACUAUUAUAACUAUUGCCUGUGAUUAAAAAAAAGAACAAUUAUGAUUGAAGUGAUGGUCAAAAUAAAGAGAGAUCCACCUUAUUGUUAUGGUUAUAAUAAUAAACCCUAAAUUCA